GCUAUUACUACAGAUCUUAAAAAUACAAAUUUUAUUAUUUCUAAUCCUUUUUGAGCAAAAAACUUCCCACAUUUGGCCCCAAUCCUCUAAAAAGGAAGGGGCAAAUCGCCCAAUCCUCCCAAAUCUGGGCAAAUUCAUUGAUUUUUCUUUACAUUUCACCAAACUGUUAAAAACAAUUACCCCAUUGUUUUACCUCUUUUCUGGGUUUCUGGGGUUUGAUUAAAAUUUUCAAGUUUCAUAAAAUUAUUCAAAAUUUAAAACCAUCCCCAUAUGUCCUUCAGCUAGGUGUUUCUAGGGCACUUUUCUCUGUUUUCAAAUUUUGGUUCAUUGAAAACUAAAAAUAAAAUAAAAUAAUUGGGUUGUUCUUAUUAGUAGGUGGAAAAGGUUUGUUUGAAUUCAUUAUUUUAUUUAUGAUUUUGUCGGAGCACUCCGGCUUCUCUGUUUCCAUCCAUCAUAUUCAUCCUUUCGUGGGGUUUGUUCUUUUUUUUUUUUUAAAUUGAAAAAAUUGACUCAAUUUAUUUUUCUUCCGAUUCAUGAACAUUCAAAUAAUCAAAUCUACGGAGUAUUAUUUUCAAUUUACUCGGUCGUAUAUUAUUAUAUGGGUUUAAAUCUAGUUUAAUUAAAAUUGUGUCGGAAAUAGAAAGUGGUGUGAUUGUCUGAAAAAUAUUUGAUUCUGAAAGAGGGGGAGGAGAGGAGGAGUACUUGGAAUCAAAGACGUGUUGAGCUGUUUGUUACUACCUUACCACCACCAUACCUGUCUAUCACUUUCCCUACGCCGCUCUCUUUCUCUCUCUCCUCUCUUCGUCAUCGCCUUGUUAUAUUUCUCUGCCAAUUUCAUAAAUCUUCAAAUGCCAACUUUUUUCUGUCUUCUACCUGCUAAUUAGCUUCCAAAUUUUCUCAAUCCUCAUCUUAGUUUUUGUCUUGUUUUUUUCAAUUCGCUUUAAAAUCUCUACAAUGGCUGCUAAUCUGUAGCGAAAGAUUUCAAGUUUCAACCUCAAUCUCUCGCACCACAUUAUCAUUCAUUUGACAUUUUGGAGUUACGAAGCGGCGAAGAAGCACAGAGAAGAAAUGGUACCAUGGUGGAGCGGAGGGGCGAAGGACCACCAAAAACACCACAGAGGAACACCUGUUGUGAUAAAAAUGGAGAACCCAAACUGGUCGAUCUCCGAGAUUGAAACCCCGUCUUCGGAUGAGGACGAUUUCAUGCCUAAGAAAUCAAGGAAAUUCCGUGGCAAAAACGCCAAGCAACUCACAUGGGUUCUACUCCUCAAAGCCCACCGUGCCGCUGGUUGUCUCUCCUCUAUCGCCGCCGCCGUCCGUCGCCGUGUCAAGUCUGGCCGCACCGACUCCACCGACUCAGCUCGUACAGAAAAUCCAGCCGUUCGGGCUCGACUCCAUACCUUUAUUCGGGUUUUCCUUGCCAUGUCCCUCAUCCUUCUCUGCGCCGAGGUCGCCGCCUACUUUAACGGCUGGCAUUUCAGAGAUUCUGCAUUGUAUUUCGAUCACAUUCUCAUGUCCGGUAGUGCAGUUUUCGGAUUCCAGGGUUUAUUCGAGUUGGUUUACAAUAAAUGGGUUCUUAUCCGGGCCGGGUACCUUGCUCCACCCCUUCAAUGGCUAACCAAUUUCUGCAUUGUGUUGUUUCUUAUCCAGUCUUUGGAUAGACUCAUUCUGUGCUUGGGUUGCUUUUGGAUCCGCUUAAAGAAGAUCAAACCCAUCCCUAAAAUAGAUCCUACACUCGAUCUCGAUGUCGAGGCCGGUGACGGUGGCGGAUACUUCCCCAUGGUUCUUGUUCAGAUCCCCAUGUGCAAUGAAAAAGAGGUGUAUCAGCAAUCUAUAGGUGCAGUGUGUAACUUAGACUGGCCAAAAUCGAAGUUGUUAAUUCAAGUAUUAGAUGAUUCUGAUGAUCAUACAGCUCAAAUGUUGAUUAGGGAGGAGGUUUAUAAGUGGCAAUCGGAGGGUGUUAACAUUAUUUACCGUCACCGGGUGAAUAGAGAAGGGUACAAAGCCGGUAAUCUUAAGUCCGCAAUGAAUUGCAGCUCGGUUAAGGAUUAUGAAUUUGUUACAAUUUUUGAUGCUGAUUUUCAGCCCACUCCUGAUUUCCUUAAGCGUACUGUCAUCCAUUUUAAGGAUAAUGAACAAGUGGGGUUAGUACAAGCGAGAUGGUCCUUUGUUAACAAGGAUGAGAACUUACUAACAAGAUUGCAGAACAUUAACUUGACAUUUCACUUUGAAGUGGAGCAACAAGUGAAUGGGAAUUUUAUCAACUUCUUCGGCUUUAACGGGACUGCGGGUGUGUGGAGAAUUAAGGCGCUCGAGGAAUCGGGUGGGUGGUUGGAGAGGACCACUGUCGAGGACAUGGACAUUGCGGUCCGUGCUCAUCUUAAAGGCUGGAAGUUUGUUUUCCUUAAUGAUGUUGAGUGCCAAUGUGAAUUACCGGAAUCGUACGAAGCUUAUAGGAAACAGCAACAUAGAUGGCACUCGGGCCCUAUGCAGCUAUUCCGUCUUUGUUUGCCCGACAUUGUCAACUCAAAGAUAUGCUUUUGGAAAAAGGCGAAUAUGAUAUUCCUGUUUUUCCUCUUGAGGAAGUUGAUUUUGCCCUUCUACUCUUUCACUCUUUUCUGUAUAAUCCUCCCAAUGACCAUGUUCAUCCCUGAGGCAGAACUCCCGGCCUGGGUUGUCUGCUACAUUCCAGCCACCAUGUCCUUUCUCAACAUCCUUCCUGCCCCAAAAUCAUUCCCAUUUAUUGUCCCAUACCUUUUAUUUGAGAAUACUAUGUCGAUCACAAAGUUCAAUGCCAUGAUCUCUGGUUUAUUCCAAUUGGGUAGUGCAUAUGAAUGGGUUGUCACGAAGAAGUCUGGCCGUUCAUCAGAAGGUGAUCUCGUUUCUUUAGGUGAGAACCAAAGGGGGUCUUCAGAAUCUACCUUGGGGGAAAUGAAAGAGGAACUACUGAAGCAAGAUCAGAAAGGUUCCAAGAAGAAGAAGAAGAAGCACAAUAGGAUUUACAUGAAAGAGUUGUCUCUUGCAUUCCUUCUAUUGACAGCUGCAGCGAGGAGUCUUCUCUCAUCUCAGGGCAUUCACUUCUACUUCUUACUAUUUCAAGGGGUUUCAUUCUUGCUGGUCGGUCUCGAUUUGAUUGGUGAACAAGUUGAUUGAUCAAAGUUGGAUAUAUACAGUUGUAGGAUUUUGUAGGGGAUACACUGAACAGUAUUAGUACAACAUAAAUCAAUGGGGGGCAGAAGUGAUAGCACAGGUACAAAACUAAACUUUUGAGACUGAAGAAAGAGAAAAAGGAGCAUAGCAGGUUGUGAUUGUAGGAGAUCCAAGAGGGACGAGAGUGAGGCUUCUUUUUUAAUUCCCCCCGCCCUCAGGUUUCCGGGGCUUGUUGACCCCAUUGGUGCAAGAGGUAUGCAGGUGGAGUUUCGGUGGUUAUGCAUGAAAAUUGAAAAUCGUACAACAGAGAAUGCUAUAGUGCCCUUUCAUAUGUAAGGAAAUUUGCCCAUUUUUUUUAAAAAAAGUUUACUUGUGUAAUUUAUUGCCUUUCUAAUUCCUUUUUGUUCUUUGAGGGUCUAUUCUUUUGUAAGAAAAAUGUUGGCUCUAGUUUACAUGCACAAUAUUACAGUUGCGAAGGUGCAACAGUUCUAAACUA